GAUCUGAAGGAGAAGGGCGCUGGGGGGCCUGGACUCCUAGGUCUGAGGGAGAAGGGUGCUGGAGGCCUGGAUUCCUCCUGGGUCUGAGGGAGGAGGGCGCUGGGAAUCUGAACUCCUGGGUCUGAAGGUGGAGGCCCUGGGGUCUAAGGGAGAAGGCAGUCCUGGUUGGGUCAGCCUGGGCUCCUUUCACUCUCCACCCGUCCCCUUUCCUGUACGGAGGAACCAGGGCAGGCAGUCACUCCAGGUGGUUGCCCCCUCCCUCUCCUGAGAUGUCAGGAAGGAGGGGGCCACCUGUGUCCUCCACAGGGGCCCCCGGAAGCCUGGGGACUCCCAGCCCCAGAGCUCCGAGGUGGAGGAGGUGUUGACAGGUCUGGUAACCACUGACUGUUUCCCAGUCUUCUCCACGCUACCCUUUCCCAGAACCACAGGCUUCCAGAAUGUUGUAGAGAAACUGCGACAUCCACGCCUCCACCAGCCUCUCCCAGCGCCAGGUGCUCCGAGAGAUGCUCCUCCUCCCCUCAUGCUCCCUCCCCAUCCUCCUCCUUUUCCUCCUCCCCAGUGUGCCAAUUGAGUCCCAACCCCCACCCUCAACAUUGCCUCCUUUUCUGGCCCCUGAGUGGGACCUUCUGUCCCCCCGAGUGGUCCUGUCUAGGGGUGCCCCGGCUGGGCCCCCUCUGCUCUUCCUGCUGGAGGCUGGGGCCUUUUGGGAGUCAGCAGGCACCCCGGCCAACCGCAGCCGGCGUGGGGUGAGCGAAACUGCACCAGCGAGUCGUCGGGGUGAACUGGCCGUGUGCGAUGCAGUCAGCGGCUGGGUGACAGACCGCCGGACCGCUGUGGACUUGCGUGGGCGCGAGGUGGAGGUGUUGGGCGAGGUACCUGCAGCUGGUGGCAGUCCCCUCCGACAGUACUUCUUUGAAACCCGCUGCAAGGCUGAUAACACUGAGGAAGGUGGCCCGGGGGCAGGUGGAGGGGGCUGCCGGGGUGUGGACCGAAGGCACUGGAUGUCUGAGUGCAAGGCCAAGCAGUCCUAUGUACGGGCAUUGACCGCUGAUGCCCAGGGCCGUGUGGGCUGGCGAUGGAUUCGAAUUGACACCGCCUGCGUCUGCACACUCCUCAGCCGGACUGGUCGGGCCUGAGACCCAUGCCCAGGAACUGAUCAGGCAGAAAAAGAACAG